GGCGGCAGUUGCCUGGGCGGGCCCGGUAGCCGCGGGAGCCGCACUGGCCAGGGGUUCCGGCUGCUGUUCCAUGAGCGCCACCGCGGAGCUGCAGGAAGCGGACCGGGGGCGAGCCGGGCCUCCGAAGUCAACCACGCACAGCUUGUAGGUAAAUCUGAAGAAGAGAGCUGACUUGCCCGGCCCAGCUGGACAACAUUUCAAGUUCAGAUUCCCACCUAGACAGAAGCAAAGUACGGAGGCCAGGAUGAACGCCAUGCUGGAGACGUCCGAGCUGCCGGCCGUGUUUGACGGGGUGAAGCUGGCCGCGGUGGCGGCCGUCCUGUACGUGAUCGUCCGCUGUCUGAACCUCAAAAGCCCCACCGGCCCCCCCGACCUCUACUUCCAGGACUCGGGGCUGUCGCGCUUCCUGCUCAAGUCCUGCCCGCUCCUGACCAAAGAAUACAUCCCGCCACUGAUCUGGGGGAAAAGCGGACACAUCCAAACAGCUCUGUACGGGAAGAUGGGCAGGGUGAGGUCACCACACCCGUAUGGGCACCGCAAGUUCAUCACCAUGUCCGAUGGCGCCACUUCGACCUUCGACCUCUUCGAGCCCAUGGCCGAGCAUUGUGUUGGAGAUGACAUCACCAUGGUCAUCUGUCCCGGGAUUGCCAACCACAGCGAGAAGCAGUACAUCCGGACCUUUGUGGACUACGCCCAGAAAAACGGCUACCGCUGCGCCGUGCUCAACCACCUGGGCGCCCUGCCCAACAUCGAGCUGACCUCGCCACGCAUGUUCACCUACGGCUGCACCUGGGAGUUCGGAGCCAUGGUCAACUACAUCAAGAGGACAUACCCCCUGACCCAGCUGGUGGUCGUGGGCUUCAGCCUGGGCGGCAACAUCGUGUGCAAAUACCUGGGGGAGACGCAGGCCAACCAAGACAAGGUGCUGUGCUGCGUCAGCGUGUGCCAGGGGUACAGCGCGCUGAGGGCCCAGGAGACCUUCAUGCAGUGGGACCAGUGCCGCCGCUUCUACAACUUCCUCAUGGCCGACAACAUGAAGAAGAUCAUCCUCUCCCACAGACAAGCGCUGUUCGGAGACCACGUGAAGAAGCCGCAGGCGCUGGAGGACUCGGACCUGAGCCGCCUCCACAUGGCCACGUCCCUGAUGCAGAUCGACGACAACGUGAUGAGGAAGUUCCACGGCUACACGUCCCUGAAGGAGUACUACGAGCAGGAGAGCUGCAUGCGGUACCUGCACAGGAUCUACGUGCCCCUCAUGCUGGUCAAUGCGGCCGAUGACCCCUUGGUCCACGAAAGCCUUCUGAGCAUUCCAAAAUCUCUCUCGGAGAAGCGGGAGAACGUCAUGUUCGUGCUGCCCCUGCACGGCGGCCACCUGGGCUUCUUCGAGGGCUCCAUGCUGCUGCCCGAGCCGCUGACGUGGAUGGACAAGCUGGUGGUGGAGUACGCCAACGCCGUCUGCCAGUGGGAGCGCAGCAAGCUGCAGUGCGCCGACGCUGCCGCCGCCGACACCGAGCAGGUGGAGGCCGGCCCGGAGUGAGGCCCCCGGACCACGGCCCUCCAGCCGCCCCCCCUCGAACCCGGACGUCCCUCCCCGGCUGUUCAGGUCUCCCCCUCCCUCCGCGACCUGGAUCUGACCUCACCCCAUCAGCGGGGGCCGCCACCCCGGGCGCUCCAGGCUAUUUUUGUGCUUAGUUCCCUGUUCUUCUCCGUUGCGAUGUCCUUCCGUGGUGACAAGCGCCACAGGCAGCGUCUCUCUCGGCCUCCUGUCCGGUGUAGCGUCAUCCGCACGAUUGCUUUUCAGCCAAUCUCGUCUAGUUUUCCCUACGGAAAAAAAGGUGUCAGGACAGCAGUUUUGCUUUGCCGAUCAAAAGGGCCCUCCCCCAAGAACAACGAAGGGCGUCGGUCAGUCAUUCGGUGGCGACCGGAUGUGUCCUUGCGUGGAUCC